AUGACGGAUAAAACUUCAGACACGAUGAAUAUUUCACACCCUCCAGCAGUUAAAGCUGGGAAAAUGAGAAUUGUAAAACAUGUUAAAACACAUGAUGCCACAGUUGAAGUCAGAUGUGAAGAGGAAUCCCCACACGAGCUUCUUACUAGGGAGGAAAUUGAAUGUCACGACAAGUGUAUCAAAGCUUAUCAUGAUAAGCCAAUGCCAACAGUUACUAAACCCCACAACGAUAAUACUAAACGUAUUAUUCAACAACCUUUGAAGUGA